AUGGUGAACUGGAUCCUCGGCGAGAAGUUCUACCAGCGGUACCCUCAUCUGGAUGGAGUCAAAGCUCUGUGGGAAACCAAGUGGAAGUUCCCCUGCUCGCUCGGGGUGUAUCCUUUCCACGAUGGCAAGCUCGAAGACUUCCAACCCAUCUUCGAAAGCCUGAUCAGAGACGACGUGAACGAUGCGUACACAGACAAAUAUACCCAGUACUUUAUGCCGACGGCCGAAAAACUCACCGACGCAGCCAUGUCAGCCCAAGCCUCGGACAGAGCCAAAGCCGCCGCCCUGUUCAAGCGUGCCGCGUGUGUGUAUCGAAUAUCUCGGUUCCCUUCUCUCGAGGCUGGUUCAGGACUAAAGAGAAGGGCAUUUGAGCUACAAAAGCAGGUUUACUUGAGAGGUGCAAGCCUAUGGGAUGCUCCUAUGAAAGAGGUCAAGAUUCCCCAUACUGCGGCAGAUGGUGAGGACGGCAAGGAGAUACCGCUGUUCGUUAGGCUGCCGCCAGGAGCAAAUAGUGAGAAGAAAUGCCCCGUAGUGCUGCUGAUCACAGGAUUGGACGGGCAUCGACCAGACAACACAGAGCGAACUGACGAGUUUCUGGACCGUGGUUGGGGCUGUGUGAUCACCGAAAUCCCAGGAACAGCCGAUUGCCCGGCAGCCCGUCGUGACCCAACGUCCCACGAACGAUUGUUCACCUCGAUUCUUGACUGGAUGGACAAGCAGCCGUCGUUCAACAUGCGGAAAUGCAUGGCCUGGGGUCUUUCUGCUGGGGGUUACUGUGCCAUCCGGCUAGCACACACUCACCACUCGAGGCUUGCUGGGGUCAUUGCCCAGGGCGCCGGGAGCCAUCUGUUCCUAAGUCGGGAAUGGCUUGAACACGUCGACGACCACGAAUACCCGUUUGUGCUUAGCGAAGCAUAUGUUGCCAAGUACGGCUACCGGGACUGGGAAGAGAUGAAGGACAGGGCUCAAAAGGACUUUAGUCUGGUCGAAAAUGGGAUUGUGAAUGGGCCCUGCUGCAGACUGCUCCUGAUCAACGGCACCCACGACGGGCUUGUUCCCAUAGAGGACAACAUCCUUCUCAUGAACUACGGCCGCCCAAAAGAAGCCCGGUUCUAUGACAAAAUGCUGCACAUGGGCUAUCCACCGGCAAAUGAAAGCAUUUGGCCCUGGAUGGAAUCCAUCAUGGCCACCGCGUCAUGA